CUAGGCUUCCUUCCCUUCCUCCCCCGCCCGCUUUUCUUUCCUCCCACACGACGCCCACGCCCGCCUCCUCCUCCUCGGCCUCUGCCCCAGCGCGCUAUGGAGCCGACCUCGUACGCCGGCGCUGGCGGGAAGAUCCGGCGCCGCCCGCCCCCGCGCGCGGCCGCCGCCACCCCUUACGACCGCCCCCCCGCCGCCGCCGCGGCGCACCGCCUCGCGGCCGCAGCUGCCGCGGCGGGCGCCUUCCAGGGGCCUGGCACCGGCGAGGGCGAGGGCGGCGGGUGGGUGUCCCGGCUCGUGGACCCGGCCUCCCGCCUCAUCGCGGGCGGCGCAGCGCGCCUCUUCUCCACGGUGUUCCGCAAGCGCCUCGACCCCGCGCCGGCCCAGGCUUCUCCGGCUCGGCUUGAGCCCCCUACGUCUGCGCCUCCCGGUAGAGGCGCCGAGCCUAAACAGGACUUGCCCGAGUCAACACGUAUCGGUUCAACCCCAGUCCUGAAGGGUUCAGUGGAGAAAGGAAAGAACCCUGCCGGUACAUCGGAUGACAAAGCAUUAUCUGAAGUAGAGCAUUUGUUAAUGCGGAAAACGUUUACUAGGGUUGAGUUUGAUCGUCUCACAGACUUGCUGCGUGCGAGAACUGUAGAGGCUGAUUUGUCUGCACAAGUAGAUGAUCGCGAGGAUAAGAAUGAAGCAAGAACCCAAAUUGAUAGAACAGGAGGCUCCCCAUCACAUGGGGUGGCUGUAGAUCAUUCUCCGACUGCUGAUGUUCCUAUCGGUGGUGUUAGUUCCCCUGCAGAUCUUGCGAAACAAUAUAUGAGCUCCCGUUAUGCACGAGAACCCCAAGCUAGUAGUUUACGGAGCCGAGUAUUUCUUGAUAACAGGGCAGAAGCAAGCAACACCGGCUAUUAUAGGAAUUCUGGAGCGCCACAUGUUCAGGAGUUGAAUGAUUUUAACAAUGAAAACCCUGGGCUUCCUCUAAAUGGCCAUGUGGCUUCAGGAUUACGUGGGCGAUCAGCAAUAUGUAGAAUGUCCCGCUCUCCAUUUUUUAAGCAGGGUCCUACCUCUUCCAGCGACAUGAAUGUGUCAGCAUUUUCAUCAUCCCACACACGAUCCCAAAGUUUGGCUUCUGGCGGUAGGCAGGUCUUGAAACGAAGAGGUGGCGACUUUGAGAAUGAACUUGGAUCUAUUGGCCCCAUACGUAGGAUUCGUCAAAAGUCGAAUAUGAUGUCUCCUUUUAGAGAUGCUCGUGCAAGUCCCCCAGGAAACUUUCUUCCUAGCCGUACAAUCGGUUCAGAUUUCAACAAAGGAAGUUCAGAAAGACUAUUGCUUGGGACUGGUCAAUCUUUGCGGACCGUAGAAAGACAUAAAAAUAUCGAACAUGGUAAAUCCUCUAGUGAUAUUGUUCCUCCUGUCCCACCUCAAUCAAACAAGAUGGCUGAGAAGAUAUUUGAGCAGCUUGAUAUAAUAGCUCCCUCACCAAAAGAGAAGUCUGGACAACAAUCUUUUGCCGGAAAUCCAAGUCGAUCCAUGUCAAAACAACCUGUUUGGCAAGACAAUGGACCAAAGAGUGUAUGUGACCCUAGUAGUUCCCAAGAAUUUCAAGAUUUUAAUGCAGUUAAUCGCCCCCAUGAUCCGGACCUGAACGGUUCCCCAUUGAAUAAAGACAAGCUGACAAAAGAUGGACCAUCGAAAGUUCCUUCCUAUGUGUUUCAGGAUUCAGGCAACAAGGACAAUAACUCUGAUCAUGUUGCUAUUUUUGAUAAGCCCGCAAUUUCGGAUAAUUCAGUUUCUGCUACUGCAUCACGGAAACCAGGCUUUAAAAUGGCUGUUUUUGAGGAUUUAUAUGAGUUUGAUGAUGAUCAGGAGGCCCCCGUUCCAUCCAAGAAUUCAAUUUUUGAGACAGAGGUGAAGACAACUGAGCAGAAGCAUGGUUCAAAGAUAAAUGAGCAGAGAGUUGGACCUAAUAUAUUCGAGCGGAAAGAUCGAUCGAGCUUAUUGAAGGAGAAGGUUAUCAAUUCUCCAGCUAAGGAACAGCCGAUAAAAUCUACAUCGAAAGAUGUCUCUGCGUCAGGCUUGUUUCCAUCAAAUGUUCCUGAAAAGAAGGCUAGCCCCUAUGUUUCAGCGGAGAACAAUGUGGGUUUCUCGUUCCCACAUGUACCUCCUGGGGGCCUUCCUGAGACUACUGUUUCGGCACUUCCACUUGCUUCAAAUCAAGACGAUAAACAGACCAGUGCUUCGCCUUUUACAUUCGGCCUCAAAACGGCCAGUGCAUCGGAUUCGGAAACAACAAAAUUUGCUGGAGUAAAAAUUGAAGGGAGACUUGGUGAUAGUGUCACCAAGCCCACAGCACUGGACAGCGGUAAUUUAGAGAGAGGAGACGGCAGGGAGAGAGCAGGAGACAUCCAUAAAUCAUCAGAGGAGGUGUUACCUACGGCUGCGCCAACGUUGACUCCACCUUUCCAUUUUGCAUCUGCUGCAUCUACUCCAGCAAGCUUGAGCAAUGGCUUGUCACACACAUCAUCACCAAAGUUAUCAAAUGCCACGCCCACCGAUAAACCUUCUGUUAGCUCAGUUCCAUCCACUCCGAUUGCCAGCUUUGCUGUAUCUAGUAGCAGUCCACCCAUUUCAUCAUCAAUUCCUGCAUUUCCAGCUAUCAAUUUUGGCACCAGCACUCCAACAGUACCAGCAGUUAAAUCAGAGAGCACAUCUACAGAGGCAAAGCCAGCUAGCACUUUAUUUUUUGUUGGUGCCGUGGGUACUACAGCUGAAACAAAAUCUUUAGCCCCAGAAUCAGCCAGCAAGACAUCAUCAAAUCUGAAUACAGCACCCAUUUUUUCAUCAAAUACCACAACCUUCUCGAGUUCUCCAGUCACAGCCUCUUCCACAUUCUCGAGCGCUGCAACCUUUUUGUCUUCUCCAGUUGCAUCUUCAAGUGCUGGAAUUACCUCAACUAAUUCUGCACCUUCUAGUACAGCGUCAACCGGUGUACAGUCUGCUUCAACAGCACCGUUUGCAUUCUCAAGUGCAGAAAACAGCAUUUUUGGGUCCAGCGCUCCGGCUCAGUUUACCGGUCUAAGCACAUCUGUUGGUGGCACUACCUCUCAAUCCUCUGCUGCUAGCAGCGUUUUUGGUAGCAAGCUGCCACAGCCACAGGGCACAAUUUCACAGACGUCGCAGAGUUCAGCAACACAGUUUACUUCUUCAUUCCCAAAUGUGGCUAUUGGAGCAGCAGCUUCGUCAUCCGGACCUGGCAAUGUGUCUUUUGGAGCGGGAGCUUCCACGUCUAGCCCUGGGACCUUUUUGUUUGGAGCUGGAGCUUCCUCAUCUGGUCCUGGUACUGUGUCUUUUGGAGUGGGGGCACAGUCAUCUGGUCCUGGGAGUGUGUCUACUGGAGUAGGAGCUUCCUCGUCUGGCCCUGGGCUCUUUUCGUUUGGAGCCGGAGCAUCCUCAUCCGGGCCUGGGGCUGUGUCUUUUGGAGCAGCACCUUCCUCAUCUGGACCUGGGACGGUGUCUUUCGGAGUGACAGCAUCUACUUCUGGAUCUGGAUUUGGUAAUUCACCAUUUGGAUCUGGAGCUGCCUUUGCUGGAUCUGGAAGUGGGUUUGCAUUUUCAUCACCUAGCCCUUCUGCUGGCUCAUCUUUGACAGUUGCUAGUACAAGUAUGUUCAACAGUAGCUCCACGGCUUCGUCGGCCCCUGCUUUUGCCAACCCUUUUGGUUCAACCGCAUCCCCUCCCAACUCGUUUACAUUUGGCCAAUCGGCAUCUUCAGGGGGUGCCUUUUCCUUUGGAGCUCAGCCAGCUCCAGCUUUCUCAUCACAAGCUCCUCCAGUUUUCUCAUUCACUUCGGCAAACACGGGCAUGAAUUCAUCUACACCACAGCCUGCAUUCGGGAUUGCAAAUGCAAACACAAACACAGCCUUCGGAAUGGGAUCCCCUGGAAAUGAUCAGAUGAAUAUGGAAGAUAGCAUGGCGGAUGACAGUAACCAAGCCGCACAACCGCAAGUGACUGUGCCUGUAUUUGGUUCUUCACUGUUCGGGCAGCCUAGCAGUUCACCCGCAGUUCCAGUAUUUGGUGCUCCUGCUGUCCAGCCCGCAGGAGGUUUUCCGUUUGGUGGUCAACAAGGCUCUGUGCAGCAGAACCCGACAUUCCCACCUGGUGGCAGCGUAGAGUUUCAAGGUGGAACCUUCUCAUUGGGCAGUAAUGGCGUCGGUGGGGACAAGUCCAACAGGCGAAUCAUCAAGGCCAAAAGGACGCAAAAGAAGAGAUGAGAUAGCCUCGUCAAAGCCGUUCGCAGUGUAUCUAUCUGGAGGCUGACAUGCGAACUCCAAAGGCAAGGUCAGUGUAGACCAGAGCAGCAGAAUCCCAAACCCUCCUCCGCCGCCGCCGGCGCGGCAGAGCAGGACUCCAAGCAGCAGGCGAGAAGCACGGACUCAGCCUCUACCGCCGAUUCCAACUCCAUCUCCUCCAACUCCGGCGAGCCCACGAAGCCGCACAACCACCGGCCCAAGGCGCCCCAGGUGAAGCGCGUCUCGAGUGCGGGCCUCCUGGUGGGCUCGGUCCUGAAGCGGAAGACGGAGAGCGUCAAGGAGAAGUACAGCCUGGGCCGGCGGCUGGGCCAGGGCCAGUUCGGCACGACGUACCUGUGCGUGGACCGGGCCUCCGGCAAGGAGUACGCCUGCAAGUCCAUCCUCAAGCGGAAGCUGGUGACGGACGACGACGUGGAGGACGUCCGCCGGGAGAUCCAGAUAAUGUACCACCUGGCGGGGCACCCCAACGUGAUCUCCAUCAAGGCCGCCUACGAGGACGCCGUCGCCGUGCACCUCGUCAUGGAGCUCUGCGCCGGCGGCGAGCUCUUUGACAGGAUCGUCCAGAAGGGGCAUUAUACGGAGCGGAAGGCGGCGGAGCUAGCCAGGGUUAUCGUGGGUGUUGUUGAGGUGUGCCACUCCAUGGGCGUCAUGCACCGGGAUCUCAAGCCUGAGAACUUCUUGUUUGCGGACCACACGGAGGAGGCCGCGCUCAAGACCAUCGACUUUGGACUCUCCGUCUUCUUCCGGCCAGGUCAAGUGUUCACUGACGUUGUCGGAAGCCCUUACUACGUCGCACCGGAAGUCCUGAGGAAGAAAUACGGUCCCGAGGCCGAUGUCUGGAGUGCCGGUGUGAUCAUCUACAUCCUGCUGUGCGGUGUGCCGCCAUUUUGGGCAGAGAACGAGCAGGGUAUAUUUGAAGAGGUUUUACACGGGAAACUCGACUUCCAGUCAGAUCCAUGGCCUAGCAUCUCUGAAGGCGCCAAAGAUCUCGUGAGGAGAAUGCUUCUCAGGGACCCCAAGAAACGAUUGACCGCUCACGAAGUUUUGCGGCAUCCAUGGGUUCAGGUUGGUGGUCUGGCUCCUGAUAAGCCUCUGGAUUCUGCUGUUCUGUCCCGUAUGAAGCAGUUCUCGGCCAUGAAUAAGCUGAAGAAGAUGGCUCUUAGGGUGAUUGCGGAGAACCUGUCCGAGGACGAGAUCGCCGGGCUGAAGGAAAUGUUCAAGAUGAUCGACUCGGACAACAGCGGGCAAAUCACCUACGAGGAGCUCAAGGUGGGGCUGAAGAAGGUGGGCGCCAACCUGCAGGAAUCGGAGAUCUACGCUCUGAUGCAAGCGGCGGAUGUGGACAACAGCGGGACGAUCGACUACGGGGAGUUCAUCGCGGCGACGCUGCACCUGAACAAGGUGGAGCGGGAGGACCACCUGUUCGCGGCGUUCCAGUACUUCGACAAGGACGGCAGCGGCUACAUCACCCCCGACGAGCUGCAGCUCGCCUGCGAGGAGUUCGGGCUCGGCGCCGACGUCCAGCUCGACGACAUGAUCAGGGAGGUCGACCAGGACAACGACGGGCGCAUCGAUUACAACGAGUUCGUGGCGAUGAUGCAGAAGCCGACGAUGGGGCUGCCCAAGUCCAAGGCCGGGCUGGACAGCAGCUUCAGCAUCGGGUUCAGGGAGGCGCUGAGGAUGUCUUAGAGCGCGUGCAGUGCGUUUCUUUUUUUCUUCUUCCUGAACUCCAGAGAGACUGAUUUGUGCUCGUCCAAGACGAUUGGUUUGGUUGUUGUAGAGAGAAAGUGAGGUGAUUUCUUCUUAUAGGAUCGAAAAUGGCAGCUCCUGGCGAGUAGCGGCGGGUCGAGAUUUGUGUACGUACGUAGAGGGCGCAGAGGCAGGCAGGCAGGCAGGCACGGUGAUUGUUGGUCAUACAUACACAUGGUUCAAUUGUUCAUUAUUGCUGAUAGUAAAGUACGAACAUCUUCUUCUUUUUUCCCUAUA